AUGAGCGUUCCCCUCCCCCUCCCCUCCCUUCUCGUCACUCUUGGCUAUGAAUGCUCACUCUCUUCCUCUCUUAUCCGAUGUUUUGUCCCUUUACGUUGCACUGGCCUCCCUCCCUCCCUCCCGCACGCUGUACCCGCGCACACCCCACACUCGGCAGAUUCGAUCGAGUCUUCUUUUAGAGACGCGUCGCUCCCCUCUCACAUUUUCGUUGCACACCAGAAGCGGCAAGGGUCCCAUGCGCUAGCGCGCCACGGCCUCCAUCAUCCAGUUGAACACCGCUCAAGGGAGCCCCUCACACAAUCGUCACAUUUCACAGCCGUCAUGUCUGACAGCCUCCCCGGCGCGUUGUGCUUCGUGAGCCUCAUCGUCUUCUUCGUGGCGGAUUUCUUCUACGCUAAGAAGCUGAACGAGCAGAAGAAUGCGCACCCGGAGCUCGACGACUGCGCACCAUCCACGUCCCCAGACCUCGACACGAUAGCCGUGCUCGACUCUCUCACCGCCACUGCCAUUGACCUCUACCACCACGAGCGAGAGCGCUUCACCGGCGUGGCGGCGCCCGCCAACUCGCGGGAGUAUGCAGCAGUUGGUGAAAACGGUGUGAGCGGGCAGCCGGCCGACAGCCCCGACUUGGGCGACCCUGCAGGUAAGAAGGUGAUGCACACCAUGGUAGUGGUGUGUAGCGUUGUUGCGCCGGUGCUGACUGUCCUUCUGAUUCUCAUGCCCUCUCUCUUUGGGUGGACACAGUUUGGGGUGCACUCGUCCGUUUCCUAUCUUGCCGCUGUCCCCGGCAUGGCCGCUACCGCUUUCUACGUGGUGCGCUCCUAUGAGCUGACGCAGGUGUUCGAAGCCACCAAAGCGGAGUGGAUCUCGAUGAUGUGGCUCCGCCUAGACGUCUUCUUUGUCAUGUCCGCCGUCGCCUUCUUUGGUGUCGGGGCAUGGGUGGUGGCCAGCUGCAUGUUGACAGUUGCCUUCUACCUGGCCCACCGACUCAUGAAAAUGGAGAAGCAGCUGAAUCGCAUGCAGCGACACACGCAGCUGGUGCGCGACGAGGUGGACGUGACGCGCGUGCUCGUUCCUGGCACGGAGGAGUCCAAGCGGGCCUCCGGCAUCAACGACGGGUACAGCGCGCUCGCCUCGCCGUGA